AUCUGAAUUUCUGACUUUCCGAAUGCAAAUAAUUAUUUAUUUAUUCGGAUUCAUUACCUUGGACUACGGUACUUCUCUUGAGAUCAGGCAGGUAGACUGUGCUGCACAUUGAACUGAUCUUGCCAUCUUUGUCAAACCACCUUCAGCGCGUGGCAGUUCCUGGGGCGAAGGCGAAAAACACAUUGUUUCUAACAGAAGCUCUUGCAGCUUAUCGACGCUGCAGAGCGGUUCCUGCGGCGUUUCCCCCCCCUGAAAAUCGAUACACAGUUCACAAAACCUAAGCAGGCUGCGCGGGCGUGGCUGGUCAAAAGAUCUGCAGAAAGAAAGGCUGAAACAAGGUGUGCACUAGCUGCAUAUAUCGAAACACAGAGGGAGCUUAGAGACAAACGCAGCGAUGGCAAGCAGGGCGUGCUUGAUGGUGGUACUUAGUGCAGCGCUGAUGAGCUUGGUCCAGGGCCAAGGUUACUACAUUCCGGCCUCCAAUCUCAACAUCGCCCCCUCACCUCUCACCCCUUUCCUCAACCUGAGCGGUUUCAUCUACGUACCUGGCCCCUCUCAGGCCCCCACCAUCCCGGUUCCGGUGCAGCAGGGCCUCCUGGCGUGCGGGUCUCCUUCGAGCGACUCCGCAUGCGGCCUGUCGACCACCGUGCAGGCCUUCUGCUCUGCAGCAUGCGGGAUUCAGUAUGACGCCUUUGUCAACUGUACGCAGAUUGUCUAUUCAAACAACAAUUAUCCGGCACCGAAUGUCACCGAUGCUUCUCGUCAGGCGGAGCUAAGGAAACAAUUUUGUGCGCAACACCCAACCAUAAACACGACGCUCAGUGACGUACCAAUUAACGUCAGCGGCGGGCUGCGGGCAUCUCCCACCUGGGAACUUUUGGUUCUUGUUGGCACUCUAGUCGCUGCGCUGUGCCUGCUGUCUUAGUAAAUUAUUCGAAGUCGCCACCCAUUGUCGCCAACGAUGCAUCACAGGGCUUGCACGAGUUGCUAUCAACGGAAUUCAAGGGAAUCCGCAUUAGUGUCACGCUAGUAUUAGACAGGCUUUCGCAAGGGGACUUUCGCAAAAGGCCAUCGUACUUGAUGAUGAUGAUGUACCAUAUUACUAAGUCAAGCUAGUCAAGGUGGACCCGGCACGAUUUGGUCCUUAAAACCACUCAGGUUGCAGCUACAGGUUGAGAGCCGUCAUGGCACGGGAUAAUGAGUCAGCAUUUGUUAGAUUCUUGGUGGCAGGGGUGCGAUUGAUUUGUUUCCAAUUGACUGAACUUGUUUUGCUUGAAGCGUUUGAGCUGGCAAUUGUCAAGCCUCUCCACUUUCAAUCUGGACUUGCUGAGAUCGAAUUCACAUAUUCUCUGGUUGGCC